AUGGAGUUCAACUUUACGGGGUCGUCGCGGCCCCAGCGCAACAUCAAUCUCGGUGGUGCCGGCGGAAAAUCGGCGGCGCAGCUCGCAGCCGAAGCACGCGCGCUGCGUGCAGAUCGGCACAUGCAAAAGCAGCGAAAUGUGGCUGCGACUCGCAUCCAAGCGGCGUUCCGCGCGUAUGGCGACGCGGCGCGCACGCGCGGCGCGUACUUGGCAGACCUUGAUGGCGUGCAAUGGCCGCACGUCGUUCAAUGGGCAGCGCAUCUGCCGGAGGAUGCGUGGAGUAUCGGCGGCGAAGCGUGGCACACACUCCUUGCGCUUGUCGUGCGCCAGAUGCUGCACAUGCUCGAGCACCACCCCAAAAGCCUCGGUGAGCUGGCCGGGGCGUACAUCGACGCGAUGGCGAAACUGGUGCCGGCGCAGGAGUCGUACGCCGAAGCACAGGCGCGUCUCGUGCGCUCCAUGCUGCGUCACGGACUUCACCGCGCACUGGCAGCGUACAUGGAGUCGCUUCCGGUGCAGCGCACACAGGACGCAGGGCUCUGCAUGGAGCUAAUGCUCCGUCCCUUUGCCGUCUUUUCCACAAGCAGCGACGCUUUUGUCGAAGACGUUGCCGAUUCCGAGGCGCCAGGCCGUGCCGUUGCGCUGCGCGGCUUUGUGGCGUCGGUGCUGACGCUGCCGCACCUCUCGGCCCGAUUGCCUCUGGGCCAUGUACAGACCUUGGCCGCUUCGCUUCCGCUGGACGAAAUCGAGGCGCAUACCCAGACCCUCGGAAGCUACUAUGACCUCGCUACGCACGAUGAGGCGCUGAGCGAGAACCCGAUUCAUUCGCCGUACCUCCUUGGCAAUCUGCUGCUCCUUGCCUCGAAGCGGGUGCCGCGUAUGGACGGACCUCAGCUGCAGUCGUACCUCGUGACGCUCGCGCUGCUUCAAAACGCACUACCGCCGUCUACGUUUGCAGCGCCCACGGCCGAGCACGACGCGGUGCAGGCUUCGGUCGGCUCGCUGAUGGACGGCGACAAUGAGCCGCAAGGCGAAUCCCAAUCAUACCCUACGCUCGACGAGGCGAGCUACCACAACCUCCGCAUUCUCGUGUCCGAUUCGCAUCUGCACGCGAUUCUCGCACAGAGCACAAAGCACGCGUCGCGGACACGCGGCCCUCUGUGCGCGUUUCUGGUCGCGACGCUGCAUGCCUGGCCGAGCGCCGAGUGCGAAGGCGUGCUCACGACGGUGCUCUAUGGCUACGACCACAGCAUCGGCCGCUCUGCACACGCCGCGCAUCUGCCGUCGGUCGGUGCGAUCGUGCGUGAGCUGUGGCGCGGCUAUGUGCGUGGCAACAAGCUUGCACGGCAGCUCGGCACGUCCGGCGCCUCGGCGCGCUUGUUCGAAACGCGCAAAGCGCUGGUGGAUGAGUCGCUCAGGGAAGAGUGGCCGGUGCUCGUCGUGCUGUGCCAGUUGUACGGCCGCUGCCUCUUGACGAUGGGCGACGACGAGUUCUACCCGCCCGACCGCCUUGCGUCGGGCGGCAAGAACCCCCUUUCGCUCGAUGAGCUCGUGACGCUGAGCGGCAUGCUGCGUAAUCUCGCCUUUGUCUUGUACUGGCACGAGGAGCUUGUCGGCGACGGGUCUGGCAGUGCGGUAGUGCCAGGCACGAGCAUGCCGCUCCUUGCGCUCCGUGAGCUCGCAACGCGACUUUUGCAGCAGCUGCAUACCCGUGAUGCGCGUCACGCCUUUACACCCGAGGGCCAUUGGCACAUGCUCAGCCAGCAGGACCUUGCGUCGUUCAUCCAGUCGGUUGUGCUGGAAGAGCGCGACCUGGCCACGCCGCGCGACGAGAUGGACGUCGACGAUGCGCCCCGUGCUGCGCGGCUGCGCCACUCGGUCUUUUCCGCGCGGACGCUGGCCUUUAUCAGCCCGAGGCUGGGUGUGUUGAACAACAUUCCCUUUGUGAUUCCGUUUGAAGUGCGCGUCGAAAUAUUCCGGCAGUUUGUGCGCAACGAUGCCGAGCGCUUGCACAUUUCCCGCGACCUCUUUUCGCGUACAAGCCGGCACCGUGCGACGGUGCGCCGCGAGUCGAUUGCGACCGACGGCAUGGCACAGCUCAACUCGCUAGGCCCCCGUCUGAAAGAGCCCGUGGAAAUCGUCUUUAUCGAUCAGUUUGGCCAACCCGAAGCCGGAAUUGACGGCGGCGGUGUCUUUAAAGAGUUCCUCACGACCCUCACGCGCCAGGUCUUUGACACGGACCGCGGCCUGUGGCGGACAAACGAGCGGCAGGAGCUGUACCCCAACCCCCACAGCUAUGCGCGGCAGCCGGACCAGCUCGAGUGGUACACCUUUUUAGGCCGUAUCCUCGGCAAAGCGCUGUACGACGGUAUUCUCGUCGACGUCAAGCUCGCGAGUUUCUUCCUGGGCAAGUGGCUCGGCCACCAAGGCUACCUGGACGAUCUUGCGUCGUUGCACAGCCUCGACGCCGCGCUGUACCGCGGCCUAAUCCAGCUCAAGAACUACACGGGUGACGUGGAAAACGACUUUGCGCUCAACUUUACCGUGUCCGACGAGGAGUUUGGCGUGACACACACCACCGAGCUCAUCCCCGGCGGCGCAGACAUUCCCGUCACGAAAGAGAACCGUUUGUCGUACAUUUACCACGUGUCGCGCUACCGUCUGAGCAAGCAGAUCGAGCCGCAGUGCCGUGCUUUCUUCCAGGGCCUCUCGGAGCUGAUCGACCCCCGCUGGCUGCGUCUGCUGAGCCGUGACGAGCUCGGGGUGUUGGUCAGCGGCACCGACUCGCCCAUCGACCUGGCAGACCUGCGUGCGCACACCGUCUAUGGCGGCUUCCACGAAAAAGACCUCGCAGUGACCUACUUCUGGGAGGCCCUCGAGAGCAUGGACCAAGCCUCCCGCAAAGCAUUCCUGCGCUUUGUCACGAGCUCGCCCAACCCCCCUCUGCUAGGCUUCAGCGAGCUGAACCCCCAGUUUGCCAUCCGGAACGCCGGCGACGACGUGACGCGUCUUCCUACUGCCUCUACGUGUGUGAAUCUGCUCAAACUGCCCGCGUACGCAUCGCGUGCGCAGUGCCUCGAAAAGCUCCUCUAUGCGGUCCACAGCGAGGCCGGCUUUGAUCUCUCGUAG